AUGGUUCCGGUCUACACCAUCACCACUGUCAGCUCUCUCUCUGAGGCCGCCAGAGAAGGGAAAAAAAUCGUGGAAAGAUACGAACACGGCAAAGCUUAUUAUCCUACCCCUAUCCAGAAUCUUCUGGAGACCUUAUGUCAUUACUGCACCGUUCUUCAGGAUGUCGCUGUUGUUCUUGACGAGUAUCGUGAGGUUUUGCCACAGAGGAACUCUUUCGCGAGCAAAGUCGAGACGUGCAAGACAUUCCUUGAAGACUUUCUCGGCAAUGGAUCAAAGAAAGGGAGCGUCGAGCAUGUUGAGUCGCCUGGCAUCGCCAUGAAAACCAAGGAUCUGGUAUUGAAGGUUUGGCGACGCAGAAAUACAGACUCGAGCCCGUCAUCCCCGCUAAAUCAUGAGAACCCAGACAAUAUUAAAAGGUGCAAGGCGCUCGAAUAUGAGCUACAGCUUGACAUGAACAAACUCCUGACCUACAUUGUCCUGAAAGCGCUUCGUCGUUCAGUGAUCCUGGACAACGAAAACAGCGGUGAUACUCUCACAAAGUAUGAAAGAGAUUGUAUCCAAAAAGGUCUGUUGCAGCCCAGCAAAUUUGGGCCUGCGGCGGCAGGUCGAAGCCCGGCUCAUCUCGGCGUGAGCGAAGAUGAGCCGUUCGAGGUCAUAUAUCGAAAGCUGCUGCGCCUUCGAUCGAUGUAUGAGCGGGCUCGUAAUAGAGCGAUUCAUGUUCCAGGUGCAACGGAAAAUCUGGAACCGCUUCGAAGCAUGGUAGAGGCAAUCUGGCAAGUCAUGAAUAGACGGGUUGGUCAAACAGCUCGCCAAUUUCGGAUUCCAACACGCAUGAUCUUCGAGGGCUCGUCCACAACUUUUAUGCAGAUAAUGCUCGAGCUCACAAACGAGAGUCAACAUUUGACAACGAAUACGUCGGAGUUUCGUCAAAGGCGGGACAGCGUUUUGUAUCCAACGCUAUCACCAACCACAUCCCAGCAUGGUUCUUACUACAAUCUCUCCCCUAGAGCUGUCAGGCAAGGCUCCACGUCAUCGAUCUCUGUUUCACCGAGCAUGUCCACUCCGUUCACCUCUCCUUUUAGUUCCGUGGGACUUGGCGGUAGCGCAACCAGCUUUACUCCGUUGCCUAUGUCGAGCUUGCCGUCCCAAACCGCAAGAAUGACGUUAAAUGCGGGUGUGAGACAGGAAGUGGAUAUCUAUCUUCAAUCAUGGCGAUGCAUUAAGCUGGUUGAUAAUUCGCGUUUAGUACAUUGGGACAGCAUUUAUAAUUCACAAAAGGUUGUGCAUACCGUCCCGCGCGAAUCAAUUCCAGGGAUCCAACAUUCCAUACAUGCCAGAAGGGAAUUCGAAGUCUUCUUCAGCGGCAAUCCACAUCACGUCGUGCACUAUGAAAAUGACCGACCAGAUUUCGAAGACGAUUUCUUACCCUCGUACAGAUUUUUAACGGAGGAUUUCGGUAUUCAGUUCAUGUCCGAUCUGCGAGACAAAACAUUGCUGGUAUACUUCGAAACCGAUGUCAUAUGGUCGGAUAGGCACCCACACAAAGAAAAGGGUCACGAUCGCGGUAUGGCGCGUAAUGUGUGCAUUUUGCUCUGGCAAGACAAAGAAUGGCCAUAUCGCCACAGCAUAUCCUUUCCCGCAAACUCCAUUUCCGUCCACCAAGUCGAAUAUCCGGUGCUGCGGUUCCAUGAGGCCAGGAUGCAGAGCGAGAACGUAAGACUCGACGCAAGGGACGAGAAUUACUUGCCCGCGGACCCCACGGAAGAGGAGCUUGAGGCUGCGCAAAUGGUACCUCCGGUCAAAGUUCCGCUCUGGCUUCGAAUCCAAUUUUCUGGUCGAAGCCCUCGACCGCAGGCGGAACGCUUCGUGAACAUGUGGAACAUCGCCUGGAGAGAAGAUCACAUCACGAGACCGAAGCCGCCAACUCCCGCUGCGGACGCGUUGCUCUCGCCGGGCGGCACAGUUUUACCAGCGGAACUCCCUUGGGGUCAAGCAGAACCACAGGAGGCCCACAGCGAGCACGUCGUUCCCGAGAACGAGCUACCAGAGGGCCCUUUCCAGAUGACGCUCGGCGAAACCCCCAACAGACCGGAAUACUUCGCGACGCCGGAGCUUGAGGGGUCACAUGUGCCGUGA